AGAGUUUUUUUCCAUUUUCUUUCUCUUCUCGACAUUUUUUCUCCACUCGAGGACCCUGAACUUUCACUCUACAUUCACCUCCUCUGGAUUCACUACUAAGGCUCUCAAUUACUGUCACCAUGCCUAUCUCAAAGAAGGAUCGCAGAAACAAGGAGCACAAGAGGGCCGACGCUGCCGGUACUCGCGCUCCUGUCAAGCCCAAUGGUCUCCCCGUCAAGGCUCCCAAGCCCACCUCCAUCUGCCAAAACUGCCGCAAGGAGAUUGUCAACACCAACAAGCUCCAGCUCGAGGUCCACGCCUCAACACACGACGCUAAGCUCUGGCCUAAGGAGAAGUGCUGGCCCAAUGACUUCCAAUAGACUACCAAUCGGUCUUGGGUAUUUGAGAGAGGAAACGAAUGGUUUUGUUACAGAAUGGCGCAUGGGUUGAAUUGAGGGGUUGCGCGGUUUUGAGUCGUGGUAAUGAUUCAUGAAAGAAAGAUAGACUGACAAAAAAAAGAUGAAUGAACAAUCCUGGCGUUUCUUUGAUAUUUAAACACUG